UCAAUAACUCUUCUACCUCAGCAGGCGGCGGCCAUUGGUCGCUUCUGGCUUACAAAAAAGGCGGAACUUUCUAUUAUUAUGAUUCCAUGGGUAGUUCCAACCUUUCUUCCGCCCAAACUCUAGCCAAUAAUUUUUUGAAGUGUUUAAAGAUUAGUGGAGAAGCAAAGUUAAACCAAACUUCCUGCCCUCAACAACCUAAUGAGGAAAGAAAUAGAUUAAUAAAGGCUGGUUUUCCAAAAAAAAGUUCAGGAUCUCCUGAUGCUAGCGAAGAUAACGUCAGUGAUGAAGAUACAAUUUAUUUUGAAAGUGAAGAAGACAGAAUUUCUCACUGUGCUGAUAAUUUUAAAGAAUUCAGCAAAAAAGUUCGCAAAUUAAGUGCUAGAACCAAAACACAACUUGGAGGGGAAAAUUUGAAAAAAAUACUCCGAAUAAAGAGGAUACUAAAAAUUUGUAGCGACCCCGCUGGAGAUUUUGGUGGAAAAGUAAAUGAGGAAUACGUUAGAGAAAGUAUAAAACAAGAAAUAGUGAAUGAAAUUAACAAAUUAUAUACAACAUGA